AUGGGAAAAAAUACCGACAAAUUGUAUGUGACUCAAACCGAACAUUCUGGUGUCCAUGGAUGGCAUGGCGGGAUGAGUGGUAUUACAGGGAAGCAGCCGAAAGGGACGUUUCGUCAGCUUCCUUUCAACUAUUGUUCUCUUUCGUUGCAGCCAUUCACACACCCUUGUUGUUUGGUAGAUUCCACCAACCAUGCUAUCAUAUUUGAUUUCAAAUUUAUUGUUCCAUGGCUUCGGAAACACAAAACCAAUCCAGUAACUGGCGAGAAAGCAGCAUUGUCCGAUCUUAUUAAAUUGAACUUUUCAAAGAAUGCGGUGGGAGAAUACUGUGAUCCAGUAACUUUGAAGGGAUUCACCGAAUUUUCUCAUAUUAUAGCCAUCAAGACAACGGGGAAUUGUUUUUCCUGGGAUACUUUGGAAGGGUUGAAUAUAAAAACCAAAAACUGGAAUGACCUAGUUAGCGAAAAACCAUUUACUCGUUCGGACAUAAUCACAAUCCAAGAUCCCCAUAAUGUUGAGAAGCGAGAUUUUUCGGCUUUACAAACACAAAAGGAGAUGUCUAGAGAGGAAAAAAUCCAAAAGGCACGCCUUGCGAUCGAAAAGUCAAGAAAAGAAAGCGUUUUGCCGUCUUCCAAGCAAUUGGCGCACCCAAGUAGUACAGAAACAGCACAUUCUGGGCUUCCUGUAUAUCGUGCUGCACAUACAACAGGUCUUGCUUCAGCAUCCCUUACAUCCACCUCAUUUUCCCCGGUUACAAAAAAUGAAAAAGCAAUAAUUCCUCAGGAAGACUACAUGCUUAACCAUGUUCGGAUAAAACACAAAGGCUACGCUCGAAUGAUAACAAAUUUCGGGGAAAUUAACCUGGAACUCCAUACCGAUUAUGCUCCGCAUGCCGUUUACAAUUUUAUCCAACUAUCUAAGAAAGGCUAUUACCGUAAUACCAUGUUCCAUAGAAGCAUUCCUCGAUUUAUGAUACAAGCUGGCGAUCCAACGGGAACCGGAAAAGGAGGCGAAAGCUGCUGGGGAAAACCAUUUCGGGAUGAAUUUGGUAAUCCUCUGCAUCAUGAUCAGCGUGGAAUUCUUUCGAUGGCUAAUCGAGGAAAAAACACCAAUGGCAGUCAAUUCUUUCUUUUAUUCAAUGCUGCCAAACACUUGGAUAGUAAACAUACUAUCUUCGGACAUAUUGUUGGAGGGAUGGCAGUACUUGAUGCAUUAGAAAAGGUUCCAACAAAUGAUUACGAUCACCCAAAGGUCCCUAUUCGACUAGAAGAUAUUGUUGUAUUUGUAGAUCCCUUUGAAGAAUGGGAAAAGGAAGAGCAAGAGAAACUAAAAAAGGAAAAAGAGUCCUUGGAGUCAAACGAAUCCGAGGCUGAUCAUGUCUCAUGGACUGGAAGAGACCUGGCACGUCCAUCCUCUGGUACACCCGCGACCCCAGCCGUUGGUAAGUAUUUAAAUAGUGAUACAAAGCGCCCUUCAAUUGGAGUAUCUAUGGAUGCAUUAUCUCAACCGAAAAAGAAGAAGACACGAACGGGUUUUGGAAAUUUUGAUGCAUGGUAG